AUGCGACCCCGAGAAACCGUGAAGCGGAUCAGUCCUGGUGCGGUCCUUCUGUCCCUAUCGCUCGUUGCUCUUAGUGCCGCACAGUCGUUCGACGCAGAGGAGGUCAGGGAGCUGGUGGCUUCAGGACGGCUCAACGAGAGUGGAGACCUUCUGCAAGAAUUUCUCUUCAAUGCCACUGCUGAUGGUGAUGUUGACAUUCUGCAAGUGCUGAUCGACUUCUGGCCUGACGGCCUCCACAUCACCAGAGGUUCAGGAGAAACGCUCGCACACGUUGCAUCCUUCAGUGGCCAGCUAGAUGCCUUGAAGUUCUUGUUGCUCCGUACACCGGAAGCUCUGAAAGCGAAAACCGAGCCCGGCCUCACGCUGUGGCACAUGGCAGCCGUGAAUGACCCACAAAUCCGUGCUCCGGUUUUUGCUUGA